AUGCCGACAAUACAAGGUCUCCCGGCGGACCUAAUAGCGGCCACGCUCUGCCGUCUGCCGGUGAAGUCACUGCUUCGCGUCCGUUGCCUCUCCAAGUCAUGGUGCUCCGAAAUAGACAAUUCCUCUUUCGCCCAAAUCCAUCUCCGACACUCCAAGGAAGCCUCCUCCAACCUCAGUCUCGUCCUCAAUGAAACAUAUCUGUAUUUUGUGAACCUCGAAUGUCUGAACGCCGCCGUGAAACUGGAACACCCCCUCGAAGCUCAGAAUUCGGAUCCUCGGCUGCUGUAA